UCUUUGAAUAUCUUUUCGGAAGCUGGAUAUGAUGGCCGUCUUGCCUGGUUUUCGGGUGGGAAAGCGCGGCUGUUUCGUUAUGGAGCAGUUCUCCUGGUCGCCGUGUUCAGUCGACGAUCAUGGGAAAGAAAACAUCGGCUUCUCUGAUCCACAUUAUUCAUCUCGCUUGACGAUUGAAUGGCUUGCUGAUUGCUUCGCAGGUUUGUAUCUUAUUUGAUUACAGUUCAUCGUUAGAAUAGCGCCAUAAUGAAACCUUCGUAUCCACCCUGUCCGUUGCGGCUGAGGCGGACAUUAGCCUAAGUCGUUGCCGUCUGUAAUCUGAUGGUAUGGCUCCGUACUUAAGGAAGUUCGCAAAGCAGAAGCGGGGCAAGAGUUCUUUCUCUUCUGUCUUCCUCGUCUUCAAUAUGCAACCACCCAAUAUUCCUGUCGAGUCUAAUCAGAUUGUCGGCUCCCUCCUGAUUGGCGUAUUUUUCAAUCUCAUUCUCAUGGGAGCCGCUUUAGUGCAAGGAGCUGUCUACUUUCGUUGGUGCGGAAAAGACUUCUGGUUAAUCAAGCUUCUCGUUACUCUCGUUUUGAUUCUAGAAGUCGCACACUCGAUAUGCUCCUUUCUGUCGGUAUACUAUUUUACUGUAAUCAUUGUAGAUAUUGCGGACCCUCGCAAGCCAAGAAGUUCGUAUUUCCUGGCUUCGGUAGCCAUCCUCGAGCCUCUGUCUACGGCGUUAGUGCAGGGGUUGUUCUGCACCCGUAUCUACCGCCUCUCAGGCAACAUAUAUACCAGUGGCUUGACCAGCCUGCUCUCUGCCUUUCGUGUGAGCGCAGGAUUGUUCUUGGGUUACCAAGCAGUUCGCGACGUGCCUAUGGAACCUGCGUUCAUGGUGUUCCAACACAAGUGGGACUCGCUUCUUACCACCGCCUUCGCCGUAGGCGCCCUAGCCGAUCUGACCAUCGCUUGCACGCUGUGCUAUCACGUCAGCAAGCUUGCUUCUCCCUUGGUCAUGGAAACGUCCGGAGGAGUGUUGAAUGGGAUAUUCUUGCGUUCGCUGCAGACGGGGUUGAUUACCAGCUUGGCCUCGGUUACGGUCUUGAUCUGUUUUCAGACGAUGGAGGAUACCUUUGCAUGGAUCGGGGUGUAUAUUUUCCUAGCUAAACUGUACUCCAACGCAAUGCUUUCAUCCUUAAAUGCACGAUAUUCAUAUCGCCGGAUGAUGAACGCUAAGCGCCUCGAUGCCGAUUCUCUAACCAGUUUAUACUCCAAGGAACGCGGGAGACAGUGGAAACUUAGAAGGAAUACAUAUCCAGGAGUCAUUGAGCUAGUAUAAUUAUUUUAGAUCUCAUUAUACCCCCAAGAAGACCUGUAACCAGUAAAAUUGUGUCGUUGAGUAUCUUGUUGGACCUAUAUGCCACAACAACUGCCAACACGAUCGAUGCCACAAAAAAAUGUUACUAAUCCA